AUGACCGACUCGUCGAAGGUGAUUGUGUGCGACAACGGUACGGGGUUCGUGAAGUGCGGCUUUGCGGGUAGCAACUUCCCGGCCUCUAUCUUCCCGUCGAUGGUGGGUCGGCCCAUCAUGCGCUCGGAGGAGAAGGUGGACAAUGUGGAGAUCAAGGACAUCAUGGUGGGCGACGAGGCGUCCAAGCUGCGCUCGCAGCUCCAGAUCACCUACCCGCUCGACAACGGCAUCGUGCGCAACUGGGAGGACGCCGAGCACGUGUGGAACUACACCUUCAUGGAGAAGCUCAAGGUCAACCCGCGCGAGUGCAAGAUCCUCCUCACCGAGCCCCCCAUGAACCCGCUCGCCAACCGCGAGAAGAUGGUUCAGGUCAUGUUCGAGAAGUACGGCUUCAAGGCCGCCUACAUCGCCAUCCAGGCCGUGCUGACCCUCUACGCCCAAGGUCUGUUGACGGGCGUGGUUGUGGACUCUGGUGACGGUGUGACGCACAUCGUCCCCGUCUACGAGGGCUUCUCGCUGCCCCACUUGACCCGCCGACUCAACGUGGCCGGCCGUGAUGUGACCCGCUACCUCAUCAAGCUCCUCCUCCUCCGCGGCUACGUCUUCAACCGCACCGCCGACUUCGAGACCGUCCGCCAGAUCAAGGAAAAGUUCUGCUACGUGGGCUACGACCUCGAGCUGGAGAAGAGGCUCGCGCUGGAGACGACCACGCUCGUGGAGAAGUACACCCUGCCGGACGGCCGCGUGAUCCGCAUCGGCGCCGAGCGCUUCGAGGCCCCCGAGUGCCUGUUCACCCCGGCGCUGGUCGACCAGGAGAGCGUGGGAAUGGGCGAGCUCGUGUUCGACACCAUCAAUAAGGCAGACAUCGACACGCGCGCCGAGUUCUACAACCACGUCGUGCUUUCGGGUGGUUCGACGAUGUACCCGGGCCUGCCCUCGCGCCUGGAGAAGGAGAUCAAGCGCCUCUACUUUGAGCGCGUGGCGAAGGGCAACAAGGUGUCGAUGCAGAAGUUCAAGUGCCGCAUCGAGGACCCGCCGCGCAGGAAGCACAUGGUGUUCCUCGGCGGUGCCGUGCUGGCCGAGAUCAUGAAGGACAAGACCGCCUUCUGGAUGAACAAGUCCGAGUACGACGAGCAGGGCCCGCGCGUUCUCCGCAAGUGCUUCUAA